UGACCCAAAAAAUAAAAAUUUCUGAACUCAAUUAUUCAAAGACUGGAAACGGACAACGUCCAUCCACCGUCCCCAGUCCCCACUUACCAGCAGCACCUCUGGUUAGCUCAGCCCCUCUCUCUCUCUCUCUCUCUCUCUCUCUCUCUUCUCCUCUCUCGAUUUACCUCUCUUGAUACUUAUUUAUAAAAGCAAAGCAUUGCGAAAGGCUUCCUCCUCCAUUCCCUUUCCUGAUCUCUCUCAUACUCGGGGAGCGCGGGAGAAGAUGAAGAUGCCGAAGUUUCUAUUCCUCCUGCUGCUUCUGGGUUUCUUCCAUGUCUCUGUGGCAGCAAUAUGGAAGCAACAGCAGCAGCAGCAGCAAAAGAAGACCUACAUCGUUCACAUGGCCAAGUUCCAAAUGCCAGCGAGUUUCGACGAGCACACUCACUGGUACGACUCGUCCCUGAAAUCUGUUUCCGACUCUGCUGAAAUGCUGUAUACGUAUGACAACGUUAUUCACGGCUUCUCCACUCGACUGACGGACGAAGAAGCCAAAUUACUAGAGGCCCAACCGGGGAUUCUCUCUGUCUUACCUGAAGUCAGAUACGAGCUUCACACUACUCGGACGCCAGAGUUCCUGGGACUAGAUAAGAACGAGGGAUUGUUCCCCCAAUCUGACAUAGCCAGUGAGGUGUUCGUCGGAGUUUUAGACACAGGUAUCUGGCCCGAAAGCUUGAGCUUCGACGACAAGGGACUCGGACCCGUCCCCAGUGGUUGGAAAGGCGAGUGUGAGGUUGGUAAGAAUUUUAACACGUCCAAUUGCAACCGGAAACUAAUCGGCGCGCGGUUUUUCUCAAAAGGGUAUGAGGCCACGUUGGGUCCCAUCGAUGAAACCAAAGAAUCUAAGUCGCCGAGGGAUGACGAUGGCCAUGGUACCCACACAUCGACUACGGCCGCUGGGUCUGUCGUCGACGGCGCCAGUCUAUUUGGUUAUGCUGCCGGGGCGGCACGCGGGAUGGCUACACGUGCGAGAGUUGCUGUCUACAAAGUAUGCUGGAUUGGCGGUUGCUUCAGCGCCGAUAUCUUGGCCGCGAUGGAAAAAGCCAUCGAUGACGGAGUUAACGUUAUAUCCAUGUCUCUCGGUGGCGGAAUGGCUGAUUAUUACAAGGAUACUGUUGCCGUCGGAGCAUUUGCGGCUAUGGAGCGAGGAAUACUCGUCUCUUGCUCUGCCGGAAACGCCGGUCCGAAUUCUUACAGCUUGUCGAAUGUAGCUCCUUGGAUAACAACCGUAGGUGCGGGCACAUUGGACCGCGACUUUCCAGCUUACGUUAACCUUGGAAACGGAAAAAACUUCUCCGGCGUGUCGCUUUAUAGUGGAAAACCGUUACCAGAUUCCUUAAUAGAGUUCGUCUACGCUGGUAACGCGACUAACGUUACAAACGGGAAUCUUUGCAUGGUUGGUACUUUAAUACCGGAGAAGGUCGCCGGAAAGAUUGUAUUGUGUGAUCGGGGGAUUAAUGCUAGAGUUCAAAAGGGCUUCGUAGUGAAACAAGCCGGUGGCGUAGGCAUGAUUUUAGCGAAUACUGCAGCGAAUGGGGAGGAACUGGUGGCCGAUGCGCAUCUGUUGCCGGCGACUGCAGUGGGUGAGAAAACCGGAGAUAUGAUAAAGAAUUACCUCUUCUCUGACCCUAGUCCGACAGCUACGAUAUUAUUUGGAGGAACAAAGGUUGGGAUUCAACCAUCACCGGUGGUGGCAGCCUUUAGCUCCCGAGGUCCGAACGCGAUUACGCCGGAAAUACUCAAACCCGAUCUGAUCGCGCCAGGUGUGAACAUAAUAGCUGGUUGGUCUGGCGCGGUAGGUCCAACUGGGUUAUCCAUGGAUUCGAGGCGUGUGAACUUCAACAUAAUAUCAGGUACGUCCAUGUCGUGCCCGCACGUGAGCGGCCUCGCAGCUCUCCUCAAGGCUGCGCACCCGGACUGGAGCCCCGCGGCCAUAAAGUCUGCCCUUAUGACCACGGCCUAUAUCACGUACAAGAACGGCAUCAAGAUACAAGAUGUGGCCACGGGAAGAGCAUCAACGCCCUUCGAUCACGGUGCGGGCCACGUGGAUCCCGUAUCUGCCCUGGAUCCUGGUCUCGUCUACGACAUCACCGUUGAUGAUUAUCUAGAUUUCCUUUGCGCAUUACAGUACACCUCCCUGCAGAUUAAUAGCAUAGCGAGGAGAAAUUUCACCUGCGACGCCACCAAGAAAUACAGCGUCACUGAUCUCAACUACCCUUCGUUCGCCAUCCCGUUCGACACCGCACAGAGUGGACGAACUGCCGCUGCAACCACCACAGUGAAAUAUACACGGACACUGACGAACGUGGGCACUCCGGCGACGUAUAAAGCGUCUGUGACAUCGCAGGUGGCGUCGGUAAAGAUCUUGGUCGAGCCAGAGUCGUUGGCCUUCAGUCAAACAAAUGAGAAGAAAACGUAUACGGUGACGUUCAGCGGGGGUUCGAUGCCAUCAGGGACGACUAGCUUCGCUCGUCUGGAGUGGUCGGACGGGAAGCACGUUGUGGGUAGUCCUAUUGCCUUUAGUUGGACGUGAUUGCUUGAAGAGCAGAGGGAAGAAACGACAGCUUUGGUUCAUCGUUCGCCCAAAAGUUGUUUAAUUAAUAUUAACAUAUUUAUGAUUCUGCUUUUGGUUUCCGGCAAUCAAACAAAGCCGGUUAAGUUCUAUUGUUCUAUAUUGUCCUUUGGAGAAAAAAAGAACCAGGAAAAAGAAAGGAUGCUUUUCUUGGGAGUUGUACAAUGUGAUGAUAGAAGUUAAAAACCAUCGAUUUCUACUCUGUAACUC